UUUUAUCAUUUUUAGCUACAAUUGCUCCUGCAUUGCAAGCAGCUUCACAAGAUCCUGCGGAAAUAUUGCGUUAUGAAUGAUAUUCAAAAAAACAACAUAAGUUGGUUCUUGAUUAUCUUGCUAAUUAUUACUCAUAUUUCAAUAAACAACAUAAUUUUUCUCAGGAGAAGUAAGCACGAAGGCGAGAAUAAUGCAAAAGAAAUCACGGGCAAUCUUAAAGCUCUGCUUAAUGAUAACCAGUCCAGAUUGGAAAAGAAAAUAUUCAAUAUUAAGAAGAGUUUAUAUAUUCCACCUAAUCAAAUAGGUGAUUGCGAGCUUAGGUUUAAGAAUCUGGCAAAAUUACUGCUAUCUGUUAUAAAGAUGAAUAAUUCAUUGCUCCAAGAAAUAAAAUUCGACAACCAAAUUCCUGCAAUACAAACUUUGGUUUUAGAUUUAAAUGAUCGGGAUAUAGAAAAUGCAGUGAAUAGACUUGAGGGCAUAAAAGAAAUAAAUACUAUAUAUGAGUUGAAAUUAUCAUUUGAAAAAGCUGUUGAUGCUACUAAUUAUAGCAAUAGUACAUUAUUUAAGAAAAUCACCUCAAAUUGGAUAAAGAUAAAAAAUAAAAAUGAUCCAUUGAGGGUAAAGUGGAUAAAAAUUGAAAAUGCAAUUACCUCGCGUGAUUGGCAUAGUAUAGAGACUACAGUAAGUACUUUAACUCAGUCGGAAUUUAAGCCAUGGAUAAAUAAAUUGAACAAUUCUAUUUUGGCUUAUAAAAAUAUCUCAAUAAUACUUGAUCACCUAUUACAGUAUACAUCAUGAUCUAUUUCGUAAUUUUCAUUCUCUCAUUCUUGUUUGGCAUUUGGGUUAAGAUAAAUGGUGAAGUAUUAAAAUUAGAAUUCAUUGAUUAUACAAUCAAUAUUGAUCUAUACUUCAUCAUUGUAGCUAGUAUAGUUGUGUUAUUUUUAUUGCUUAUUCUUGUAAGCUUUUUUUCUUACAUUUCAUCAAUAUUUAUUGAUAUAAAAAAGAAAAGAAAGGAUAAAAAAGAAUUACUUAUUCUUGAAUUUUUUUUUAGCAUAGACCUGUGCGACAUAGAAAAUAUUGAAAAAUUGUCCAAAAGCUUGCAUGAGGACAAUGAUAAGCUGCUUCUAGUUCAAGUCUUCAAUGCAGGAAAAACAGGAAACUAUAGUUUCUUUAGUAAUGGUAUAACAAGUAUUGCAAAUAUGAAUUGCAACCUGGCUUUGCUUUUAUCACACAAACUCAUUAUGUAUCUUAAGAAAGAUAAAAUAGGCUUUCAAAAAUUUAUAGAGCAUUGCUCUAGUUAUAUCAACAAUAAAGUGCUAUCUUUACCCUUCCAAAUAGAAAAUUUUAUACUAAAAAGUGAUUGGCAUAAUGCGAUUAUGAAAUUAAAAGAAGCUACUAGGCUCAAUAUUUUUCUUCCAUUUAAUCACAAAAAAAUGCUUGCUACCUUUUAUUGCGCUCUAGCAAGAGAAUAUGAAAAGGGGGGGUAUUUUAAAGAGGCUAUCAAAUCUGUAUUAAGAGCACAAAGUUGCCACAUAACUUUUCGACCUAUCAAUUACUUAAAAGCUGAGCUUUAUAUUAAACUUGCAAAAGUAAGAAAAGCUUCUGAAGUGCUAGAAGCAGAAUAUAAAAUUAAUCCAAGUCCUCAAAUAGCCAGGCUUUAUAUGAGUUUAAAUGGCAAAAAUACUGAUCAGUUGUGUAAUUUGCAUCCAGAUUACUACUUUAGCCAUUGUAUGUUGGCUAUAUCUGCAAUGAAUUCAGAUAAAUAUGACCUUGCAUAUCAAUGUUUAAACACCGCUAUGGCAAAAGCUAAUUACUUAUCAAUCUAUCUUAUAAUGAUACAAUUGCAGGUUUCAUUACAAAAGCAGGAUAAAGUAAUUUAUUGGUUAAAUCAAGUAAGUUCUAAAGCCUUGUCCGAUCCAAGCUGGAGAUGUGAAAGUUGUGACAAAGAGCUAGAGCGAUGGGAUUGUAGAUGUUCUCACUGUGACAAUUUUAAUUGUGUAGUCUUUUAG